UCAAACUGUCCACUUAGGAAGCAACACUGAUUGACAAUAAAUUGCACAUGCUGUUGUGCAAAUGGAAUAGACAAAAGGUGGAAAUUAUAGGCAAUUAGCAAGACACCCUCAAUAAAGGAGUGAUUCUGCAGGUGGUGACCACAGACCACUUCUCAGUUCCUAUGCUUCCUGGCUGAUGUUUUGAUCACUUUUGAAUGCUGGCGGAGCUCUCACUCUAGUGGUAGCAUGAGACGGAGUCUACAACCCACACAAGUGGCUCAGGUAGUGCAGCUCAUCCAGGAUGGCACAUCAAUGCGAGCUGUGGCAAGAAGGUUUGCUGUGUCUGUCAGCGUAGUGUCCAGAGCAUGGAGGCGCUACCAGGAGACAGGCCAGUACAUCAGGAGACGUGGAGGAGGCCGUAGGAGGGCAACAACCCAGCAGCAGGACCGCUACCUCCGCCUUUGUGCAAGGAGGAGCACUGCCAGAGCCCUGCAAAAUGACCUCCAGCAGGCCACAAAUGUGCAUGUGUCAGCAUAUGGUCUCACAAGGGCUCUGAGGAUCUCAUCUCGGCACCUAAUGGCAGUCAGGCUACCUCUGGCGAGCACAUGAAGGGCUGUGCGGCCCCACAAAGAAAUGCCACCCCACACCAUGACUGACCCACCGCCAAACCGGUCAUGCUGGAGGAUGUUGCAGGCAGCAGAACGUUCUCCACGGCGUCUCCAGACUCUGUCACGUCUGUCACAUGUGCUCAUGUGCUCAGUGUGAACCUGCUUUCAUCUGUGAAGAGCACAGGGCGCCAGUGGCGAAUUUGCCAAUAUUGGUGUUCUCUGGCAAAUGCCAAAUGUCCUGCACGGUGUUGGGCUGUAAGCACAACCCCCACCUGUGGACGUCGGGCCCUCAUACCACCCUCAUGGAGUCUGUUUCUGACCGUUUGAGCAGACACAUGCACAUUUGUGGCCUGCUGGAGGUCAUUUUGCAGGGCUCUGGCAGUGCUCCUCCUUGCACAAAGGCGGAGGUAGCGGCCCUGCUGCUGGGUUGUUGCCCUCCUACGGCCUCCUCCACGUCUCCUGAUGUACUGGCCUGUCUCCUGGUAGCGCCUCCAUACUCUGGACACUACGCUGACAGACACAGCAAACCUUCUUGCCACAGCUCGCAUUGAUGUGCCAUCCUGGAUGAGCUGCACUACCUGAGCCACUUGUGUGGGUUGUAGACUCCGUCUCAUGCUACCACUAGAGUGAGAGCUCCGCCAGCAUUCAAAAGUGAUCAAAACAUCAGGCAGGAAGCAUAGGAACUGAGAAGUGGUCUGUGGUCACCACCUGCAGAAUCACUCCUUUAUUGAGGGUGUCUUGCUAAUUGCCUAUAAUUUCCACCUUUUGUCUAUUCCAUUUGCACAACAGCAUGUGCAAUUUAUUGUCAAUCAGUGUUGCUUCCUAAAUGGACAGUUUGAUUUCACAGAAGUGUGAUUGACUUGGAGUUACAUUGUGUUGUUUAAGUGUUCCCUUUAUUUUUCUGAGCAGUGUAUAUAUAAAAAAUAACUGCAUUGUUGGUCAGGGGCUCAUAAGUAAUAAUUUCACUGUUUUAUUCGGAGCAUGUGACUAAUAGCAUUUGAUCUGAUCUAUUUUCCCUUCAUAAAUCACCAGAAACAACUAUUUCACAGUCAUUUCUUUAACACCUACAAGGGCGUUGACCUCAGAACCCAUUGAGUGACCUCCCCAAUAUGCAACUCAAAGUUACGCCCUCGUCGCGCAGUGUAUACCCAUUGAUUAUUGAAUACUUAAAUGUGUGAUCUUUGCUUAUGCUUGAUGGCUUUUUAGAUUAUGACAGAUAAUCCUGCAUUAUUACAAUUCUAAUUGUUUAUUGCAAAUGGGCCCAUAAUUGAUGACUAUAUGUUGUCAACUGAAUCAUGUGGACUCAUCAGACACAGUAAACAACAUACAAUAGGAGUCUCCACAGACUAAAAAUCUAAUUUCAUUGGUUGUGAAGCAGCAUCCGUCUGUUUAUAUAAUGCUCAGAGGAAAGUCUAGGUGCUCAUAGAGCCUGAGACUGAAGGAGGUCGUGCAUGGUUUGCUGACUAUCAUUAGGUGAGAUUAAACUUUUCAUAUGCAUGAUCUAUAUUACACACCAUCAUUUCAUAACCAAUUGUUCAACGAGUCAACAUGACUACAGUGUUUACUUGUCUCUUUGUUUCCCUCAGCUGAAAGGAUCCUGACCAGAGCACAAAAUCAGUGCUUGGUGUUUCCAAUGAAGUAAUACGGAUUAAGGUAUUGAUUGCUGAGAACUAAUUAAAUAAACGCACAAUAUUUGUAGAUAUUAAGGUGAGUAUAAGUUUUAGGUUGAUUGCAUGGAGUCUGUUUAUUCAUACCACUUUUUCAUACUUUCAAAAGAGCAAGAAUAAGGAAGAUGACAUUUCAACACUAUUUUCUUUCUUUGUGACCUUUCAAUCAAGAACCCCAUACAGUAUGACUAGUUGAUGCUACCCCAAUUUUGCUUCAUUUACUUCUGUGAUGUGAAAUUGUUGUUGAUACUAGUCAUGUACAGAAGUAGUUGUUCAAGUUGCACGAUUACAUUUACAUACUAUGAAUAUAUAGUAUAAAAGUUUGAUAAAAACUGUGUUUAUUAAAUGUGUAACUAUUUCAUGAAGAUAGUAAUGGCUUACUAUUUAUAUGGGAAUGUGUUACCAUAGCCAUUUUUCCCUCAAGUGCAUUGUCCUCAUUUGUGUUAUUUUUAGAAAUAAACUGGAUUCCGAUGGGAAGCAUUAUCAGCAGGAUGUGUUGUAUUAUCAGAAGCUCAAUAAUCUGACUCAGACAACGUUUUCAACUAGCAGUUCAGUGUUCCGUCUGUUACAGUAACACUAUUCUUGCAAAACUUUCAUUGAACGCCUAAAACACCAGGUGGAAUGGACUUCUCAAAUACUUCGAACCUCAACAGCACUGUGAAAUCACAGACUCUUUUCUGCUACGAGUCUUUGAGUGGAUCGUGUGUGAGGUUUGCUCGACCCCUGAGCAUUCAGGUUCCGAUGUUCACAUCGAUGGUGUUGGCCAUACUGGUGACUGUUAUUGGGAACCUUCUGGUCAUCACCUCCAUUGCACACUUCAAGCAGCUCCAAACCUCCGUAAACCAACUGCUCGUCUCCCUGGCUGUGUGUGACCUCCUUCUGGGAGUGUUUGUAAUGCCGUGCAGUGCUGUGCGCUCUGUCCAGGGCUGUUGGUACCUAGGAGGGUUUCUGUGUAAGCUCCACACCAGCACUGAUAUUAUGCUGAGCACAUCCUCCAUCUUCCAUCUAUCCUUCAUCUCCAUUGACCGUUACUUUGCUGUCUGCAGACCACUAUCAUACAGACUGAUCAUCACCAAUAACACUGUAUUGAUCAUGAUCACCACCAGUUGGCUGGUCCCUGCCAUUUUUUCUUAUGGAAUGAUCUUCCCUGAGAUCAAUCUGAAAGGCAGGGAGGAUUUCUAUGAAACACAUGUCAAGUGCAUUGGAGGCUGUCAGGUGUUCUUUAGUCCAGUGGCAGCUGUAGUAGCAUCCUCCUUCAGUUUUUACAUCCCAGGCAUGAUCUUGAUUUGUAUAUAUUCCAAGAUAUAUUGGGUUGCCAGGGCUCAGGCCAGGUCCAUUAAAGAUUUAUCUCGUCAGUUUAAAGAGGCAGACUCUGGACGUAGAGAAAGACGAGGGGCAAAUAUUCUGGCAAUAGUAGUUGGAGUGUUUCUAAUCUGCUGGAGUCCCUUUUCCUUGUGCCUCAUCAUUGACCCUUUCAUACAGUACUCUAUCCCCCCGCUGUUGGGGGAUACCCUGGUUUGGUUUGGAUAUUUGAACUCUGCUUUUAACCCUAUUGUCUAUGCUUUCUUUUACACUUGGUUCAGGAGGGCUUUGAGAAUCAUCAUCAGUGGUCACAUCUUUCGCAGAGGUUCUUGUAGAGUUAGAUUGUAUUCUGAGUAAAGUUUCAGUUGACAUUGUAUGUGUUCAAAUAAAUAUAUGAAUUAUUGUGGGAUGUAACAUGUGACAGCUAUGCAACUAAAAGAUAAAGCUUGAGUGAAAAUGUAACAGAAGCUGCUUUUAACCUGUUUCAUAUAAAGCGGUUUGCCUGAAAUAAAUGUAUUUCAAUGCCUGUGA